AACCAUGUAAGUAUCAGAAAUAUGGAGAGAAGCCAUAUAAAUGUAAGGAAUGUGGUAAAGCCUUCAGUUACUUCAAAUUUUUUGAAAACCGUAAGAGCACUCACAACGGAGAGAAAAAGUACAAGUGAAGGAAUGUGGAAGAGCUUGCCAUUCUCACACAUCCUUUCAUACACAUGAAAGGAUUCACACUGGAGAAAAGCCCCACGAAUGUCAGGAAUGAGACAAAGCCUUCAUGUGGCCCACGACCUUUCGAAGACAGAUGAUAACACACACGGGAGAUGUUCCGUACAGGGGUAAGGAAUGUGGGAAGGGCUUUAGUUGUUCUGCUUCAUUGCAAACACAUGAAACAGCUCACACUGGAGAGAAACCCUAUCAGUGUAAACAGCGUGGAAAACUCUUUCGAUAUCCUCAAACCUUACAAACACAUGAAAGGACUCACACGGGAGAGAAACCAUAUGAAUGUAAGCUGUGUACCAAAGCUUUCAUUUGUGUCAGUUCUCUUAGAAAACAUCAAAGAACUCGUACAGGGGAAAAACCUUAUCAGUGUGAGGAAUGUGGGAAAGCGUUUAGUGUUCUCUCAAGCCUUCGAGUCCACGGGAUCAGUCACACUGGACAUGGACCUUAUAAAUGUAAGCAGUGUGAGGAAGCAUUCACUUCUCCCAGUGCAUUUCGAGUACAUGGAAGGAGUCACAGUGGAGAAAAUCCCUAUGAAUGUGAACUAUGUGGAAAAGCCUACAAAUAUUACCAUUCCCUACAAACACAUGAAAGAAGUCAUACUGGAGAGAAACCAUAUGAAUGCAAGGAAUGUGGGAAAGCUUUUAGAUAUUCCCAAUCUGUUCGAUACCAGGAGAUGACUCACACUGGAGAGAAACCCUAUGAAUGUAAACAAUGUAGAAAAGCCUUCAGGUAUUAUCAAAGUUGGCAAGCCCCAUGUAAGGACUCAAUGUAAGCAAGGUGAAAAAGCCUACAGAUGUCACAGUUCCUUAGAAAUGCAUGAAAGAACUCAUACUGGAGGGAAACCCCAUGAGUGUGUUGGAAUGUGGAAAAGUCUUCAGAUGUUACCAGAGUUUUCUAACACAUGAAAGAAAUCCCACUGGAGAGAAAUUCUAUUAAUAUAAAAGUUGUAGUAAAAUAUCCAAAUGUUCCAGUUAUCUUCAAAAACACGAAAGCAUUCACACAGGAGAGAAAUCCUAUGAAUGUGAACAUUGUGGUAAAGCCUUCAUUGCUCACGCAACCAUGCGAAGACACGUGAGAGUGCACACACAAGAAAUAUCAUUUAAAUGUGAAGACUGGGAAAGUCUACUAUCAUCCCAGUUCCUUCUGAAGGCUUGAAAGGACUCAUUGUGUAAAAUUUCUUGAAUAUGAAGUGUAGGAAAGACUUCAGUUGGCCCACAUCCUUGAAUGUGAAAACUCACACCAAAAAGAAAUGUAAAUGUAUGUAGCAUGAGAAACCACGUAAAUAUUCCAGGAAACUAUCAACUUGAAAAGGUUUUAUUAAAGUUUUAAAUAUAUUAUGUUUAUUAAGCCUCGGUAUACCAGUGGAAUGCAGAAUGUAAAUUAUUUUCCGAAGUGGACAUCCUGCGAGUCAUCUUUAAACAAUAGUACAUAAUAAUAAUUAGUAAUUAUUCACUAAAGGAGUUAAUAUUUUGUUUCCACUUUGAAGCCUGUUGGGUCUGUAAGAGAAGUAUUUCUAUUAUGCAAUUAGGUUUAAUUUUUUUAAAAUAAUGUUUCAUUUGUUCUGUGUUGAGGGGCCACUGAAAGAUGAUAGUGUGGUAUUUGUUGGGAUUUUCCAAUGACCUUCAUGACAAUUUCUGGAUAUUUCUGGUCCAUUAUACAUUCUAUCUUUAUUACUGAUAAAGUUCCUUUUUGGGAGGAUGAUGGGUAAGAGUCCUUUUCUGCUUUCCAUGCUAAUGAACAGUUGGAAUAAAUUUUUAUGUACUAUAGUUUAUGAUAAUAGUUCAAUAUGAAUUACUAUUUUCAUAUUUGGGUCCUUCUUUCUGACUAGUAUUUGGUAUUUGGUAUUUGGUAAAUAGACUUGACUUGAGAGCCUUGUGACAUGACAAAGUAGGAGAUAUCUUCUCUGUGGGUAAUGUGAGGAUCUAGAUUUGCCAGAAGACAUCCCCUUUACGGUUCUGUGUUAGAGUUCAUCAAUAGCCUCACUUGCAUGAGAUUUUGAAGGUUAAAGUGAAGAAAGCAUUAGUCAGAUACUGGCUCCACCAUACAGGGAGAGAGAAGAAAUAUAGAAGCUUUAAGAAGACCACCUUGCAGCCUCUUCUCCAGGUUCUUUGCCCUUGCCUAACCACCAACUGUUCGAUACCUAUUUUCUUAGAGGUGUAGGUUACUAAUGAUAACGAGAUCCACAUCGAAGAUCCAGGAGAAUUUGUAAUUUUCUGUAAGGCCUCCUGUGUUCACUAGGAAUCAAAGUGAGACUUUUGUGUUUAGGAGUGUUCUCUGAUUCCCCUUUUCUCUAGAUUUUAUCUGUAUACGGUCUGAUUUGUAUAGGAAACACUUUAUGUUGUUAAUAGUGCUAGUGAAUAUGUUUUUGUGAUUCACCAUGACAACUACAAUGAUGCAGUCAAAAGGUACAACAUGAGUUUGUUUCUUUACUACAUUGUACACAGAACCAGUGGCUCUGACUCACUCCUUCCAUGUGAGGGUAAACACCGUCUAACUCUCACGAAGACUGUUUCCUCUUGCAGCUGAAUGUAAUCCCUCAAUAUAUUUUUAAUUAUGUUUGAUUGUAUGCGAUUAAAAAUACAUUCCUUGUAUAGCAUAAGGAAUAUAGUCAAAAUAUUGUAACAACUUGGUAUGGUCAUAGCUGGUACCUAGAAUUAUCAUGUAUAUAAAUGUUGAAUCACUGUGUUGUACACCUGAAACUAAUGUAAUACUGUGUGUCAACUACCCUUCAAUAAAAAAAUAAUUAUCCAGAAAAAAAAAGAUACAUUCCUUUUUUGUGAAAGGAGCACUUCUGUAGUUGUUUCCUAGAAGUAUUUUAUUAACUGUUGUCGAAGCCAUCAAAUGUCAACAAAUACUGUGUUUUUCUUUAUCUGAAAGGAUAUAUUAAAAUAUCCCAUUGUAA